AUGGCCUACCUGCAGACCUUGUCCAAGAGCUUCCCAGGAUGGGUUUUCUUCUGUUGCUGUCUCCCUCUUCUUCUCACCAGCUCUCUGCCUCUGAAAGGGGCUUCUACUGCCCAUCAUGCCUGCAGGCUCAGGAAGAUCAACUUCCAGCAGCCCUACAUUAGGAAUCGCACCUACACCUUGGCUAAAAUGGCCAGUGCCUCGGACAAGGACACAGAUAACAGAUUGAUUGGGCAGCAGCUCUAUGUUAACAUCAAGGAAAACAACCGCUGCUACCUGAUGAAGAGGGUUGUGGAGAUUGUGGUAAAAGAUGUUCUCCUCACUGAGGUCAAGAAUCAGUACCCAUAUGUUGAGGAGGUUGCACAGUUCUUGGCAUCCCUGACCUCGGAGCUGGGCAGAUGUAAAUUCUCAGGAAACAGAGAGCACAUUGAAAAGAACCUGGAACAAAUGAAGAACAAAAUGGAACAGUUGGGAGAAAAUGGAAAGACUAAAGCCAUUGGAGAAUUGGAUUUACUGUUUGACUACAUGGAAAAUGCCUGCACUGGUGUCACAAAGAAGGGAGGGAACAAGGAGAAAAACUGAGAAAAUUUCAGAUCAGGCUUGAAGAGAUGUCUCUGAAAAUCUCUUGUGAUAACUCAAACUAAUUAGCUGUUACAGCAACUACACCCAUUCCCCCCAGAUGCAAUAUGUUUUUCACUUGUGUCAAAACUAGCAAACUAAGUGGGCAGAGACAGGAUGCAUAUUGCUGCCUUCUUUGAAAAUGAAAACUCCAGGACACUGCAGCUCCAUUUAAACACAGGCCAUUAGUUAUUUUCAAAGGCACGCUCCUGUCCUCCCCAUCUCCAUAGGAAUGAGGCAACUGUUUCUGUCUUUUAUAUGCUGAAAUUUGACACCUAUGGAUCAGCUUUGAUCAAGGUAGGUAGUUAAAGGUAGUCAGGAAGUUUUGAGCCUCUUGCCUGGAAGUCUAUCUUGAAUGUGUUGUCCUCUUCUGACCUUUGCCUGAAAAGUUGGUAUUUCAGACUAAUUCAGAAAUAUUUUUUUGUCAUUUGUAUUUAAUGGUAACUUAUUUUAAAGUAAU